CCCCUCUCCCUCCCCCCCAGGAGCCCUGCGUGGCUGCCUUGGCUCGUGUGGAGCGCACCGACUUCCUUUCCGCCAUGUGCAUCGGGGAAGUGGCCCACGUCAGCUCCGAGAUCACGUACACCUCCAAGCAUUCCGUGGAAGUCCAGGUGCACGUGGAAGCCGAAAACAUCCUCACAGGGACGAAGAGAGUGACCAACAAGGCCACGUUGUGGUACGUCCCUCUUUCCCUGCACAACGUCAACAAGGUUUUGGAAGUCCCUCCAAUCCAGUUUGCACGGAAGGACCAAGAGGAAGAAGGGAGGCGGCGUUAUGAGGAACAGAAGCUGGCACGUGAGGAGACCAAAGAGAGGAACGGCGAUGUCAUGGUGCCUGUCAUCAACCCAGAACCCUACACGGUAGGAUACAGCCAGUCGAGUCUCAUCCAUCUGGUGGGGCCAUCUGACUGCACCAUGCAUGGAUUUGUUCACGGAGGCGUGACCAUGAAACUCAUGGACGAAGUGGCCGGAAUCGUGGCUGCUCGCCACUGCAAGACCAACAUUGUCACGGCUUCUGUGGACGCCAUCAACUUCCACGAGAAAAUCAAAAAAGGGAGUGUGCUCACCAUUUCUGGCCGCAUGACCUUCACGAGCAACAAGUCCAUGGAAAUCGAGGUCUUUGUGGACGCCGACCGCUUCGUGGGCGAACCCGAGGAGCCGUACCGGGCGGUCAGCGCAUACUUCACCUUCGUGUCCCUUAACAAGGAAGGAAGAGCCCUCCCCAUCCCGCAGCUGACGGUGGAAACCGAGGACGAACGGCGACGUUUCGAAGCAGGGAAAAACCGCUACUUACAGACCAAAGCCAAGCGCCAAGCACAGUCGCAGCCCCUCACCCAACAGUGACAUUCGGGCCAAAGACCUCCUCCAUCCCUAGACCCAGAUGGAAAGAGGGAGUGGGGGGGGGCUGUGAUGACAACCCCGGUGGGGGGACCCCUGCCCUCUCCUUUCCAGCCAAGAUUCAUUCCAUCCUCUCUGCCCCCCACCGUAGCUAGCAGACACGGGGUAGGCUGGCCCGAUGAGGAGGGGGCACAUAUCAACACGGGUGGGCCAGAGGGCUUGUUUUUACGAACCACCUUAAGGUAGACAUCUCCAGCUUGGGGAAGGUCCAUCUCCACCGUCCAAAGAAACACACACACACACACAUACUUUGGUUUCACCGCCAGUGAAUGCCCACCACCCACCACCUCCACGUUGCCCGGAAGCCCCCUCCUCUGCCCCUCUCUUCCUCCUCCCCGUCUUCGGUGUAUGUGUCGUGCAGAUGUAUACGUUUGUCUAAUUUAUUCAGUGACGGUUGCAAAUAAAGGUUUGGUGCCUUUAAACGUG